CUGUGCUGAAUUACCUAUGACCUGCCACUGGGUGUAGGAACUGUCCUAUGAGGAACAGGCUGAUCAGCACUAAGGACAGAGGGAAACCCAUUAGCUUCCUGACAACAACAAUAUGAGGAUUUCAAAGCGCUGUGGCUCCAACAGGUAUGUAUUAUUAGCUGAUUCACCCUAUUUAUUAAUAACCGGUAGCUAUAUGAAGACACUUGAUAUUGGAAACCCUGUUUUACAGAGUUCCAACUGCGUGCCUGAUCACUCAUUCAGUUGUUACUCAGUUAUUAUUAGGCAACUCUGUGUGCUUGCAUGUACCUGUGUCAGGAAUGAGCUCAUGGUCAUUUUAUCAUGCAGCCACAAAUUUGUUUAGAAAUUAUAGCUUAAUUUCCCUACCUGGCUCAGAAGAACACUGUAAAUAACUUGUCCUAGAGGCAUUAUGUCAUGUAUGAUAUUAUAUUACAUUUACAUUUUAGUCAUUUAGCAGACGCUCUUAUCCAGAGCGACUUACAGGAGCAAUUAGGGUUAAGUGCCUUGCUUAAGGGCACAUCGACAGAUUUUUCACCUAGUCGGCUCGGGGAUUAGAACCAGCGACCUUUCGGUUACUGGCACAAUGCGCUUACCCACUAAGCUACCUGCCGACCCCAUAUAAAGAAGCAUUGUACUUGAUGGACAAAGUAACAGUGAACAUAUUGUUCUUGCAGACGUUUCUUGGUGCCCUUGAUGGUACUUGGGUUAAUGAUCUCACUGGCAGUUGUAACCCUUCAUUGGUUUGAUACUGACUCACAGAUGCCUUUGGCAUGCCACGUGGAUCCCAACCACCGAAAGGUAAGGCCCUUAAUCUAUGUUUUAACCAUUCUGCAUUGCCUUUAAAUUUUAUUAGAGGGGCAAUCUGUAGUUAAAAUAAUAACAACACUGAGGGAUGGGGCUGGAGAAAUGUAACCACUCUCAAAUUCAUAGGCAGGCUAUGGUUGCAAGGACUAACCAAAAUUAUAGUUUUAACCAUGUUUUGAGGCUAUACAGUGUUUGUUUACAAUUACAUUGUUUACAAACAAUGGAGUAAAACAAGCUUAUAUUUAGUGUUCUGAUGGGGUGUAUAGUUAAGUUGAACUAGCUCAUGAGGCAUUGAUAAGUUAUAUUCUUCAAUAAUCAUUGGGUCGAUAUCAUGAAUUGAAAAGUCCAAAAAUGGAUUUACCAAUUGCAGAUAGCCCCUUUUUAAUGUGUUUCUUUUUAGUGGUGCAUUUGAUACAAUUAUGUGAUCUUUCCAGCUUGUGCACUCUUUUGUACGGGACAUUCUUUCAAACAAGUGCAGACCAGCCUUUGCCAGAAAGGGAGUGGAAGCAAGGCUCCAGAUCUCUAGUCAUGUGACUGAUCCUUUCCUGUGGCGGGACACACCGCUGACUCCAGAAAUGUUCAUAUACCCCCCACCAUUCGGGUUCCGUGGCAUGCGUGGCAAACUGAAGGAUGUCCUCAACCUCCUCCCUGCUCCAUCAGAGCAGCUGAAGAAGGAGUGCAGACGCUGUGUGGUCAUGGGAAAUGGAGGAAUCCUCCGUGGCCUGGAGCUUGGCACCCUGCUUGACCAGUUUGAUGUUGUCAUUAGGUGAGAAUACAGUCCCGUGUAGCUCAGUUGGUAGAGCAUGGUGUUUGCAACGCCAGGGUUGUGGGUUCGUUUCCCACGGGGGAACCAGUAUGAAAAAAAUAUGUAUGCACUCACUAACUGUAAGUCGCUCUGGAUAAGAGCGUCUGCUAAAUGACUAAAAUGUAAAAUACCUGCUUUGUGCAACUGGAUUUUCAAAUGGCUCUUCUCUAGACCAGGCAGUGGAUUCACCUUUGACCAGCAAUGUUUUGUUAAUCAAGAUUAAGAUCACUUUAUUGGUCAAUUGCAUACAAGGUCUAACCAUCAUUUGACUUCUGCUUUUAACCCAACCCCUCCAUAAGACACACAUACAGUACACACACACAUACAGUUGAAGUCGGAAGUUUACAUACACUUAGGUUGGAGUCAUUAAAACUCGUUUUUCAACUACUCCACACAUUUCUUGUUAACAAACUAUAGUUUUGGCAAGUCGGUUAGGACAUUUACUUUGUGCAUGACACAAGUACAUUUUCCAACAAUUGUUUACAGACAGAUUAUUUCACUUAAAAUUCACUGUAUCACAAUUCCAGUGGGUCAGAAGUUUACAUACACUAAGUUGACUGUGCCUUUAAACAGCUUGGGAAAUUCCAGAAAAUGAUGUCAUGGCUUUAGAAGCUUCUGAUAGGCUAAUUGACAUCAUUUGAGUCAAUUGGAGGUGUACCUGUGGAUGUAUUUCAAGGCCUACCUUCAAACUCAGUGCCUCUUUGAUUGACAUCAUGGGAAAAUCAAAAGAAAUCAGCCAAGACCUCAAAAAAAUAAUUGUAGACCUCCACCAGUCUGGUUCAUCCUUGGGAGCAAUUUCCAAACGCCUGAAGGUACCACGUUCAUCUGUACAAACAAUAGUACGCAAGUAUAAACACCAUGGGACCACGCAGCCGUCAUCCUGCUAAGGAAGGAGACGCGUUCUGUCUCAUAGAGAUAAACGUACUUUGGUGCGAAAAGUGCAAAUCAAUCCCAGAACAACAGCAAAGGACCUUGUGAAGAUGCUGGAGGAAACAGGUACAAAAUGAUCUAUAUCCACAGUAAAACUAGUCCUAUAUCGACAUAACCUGAAAGGCCGCUCAGCAAGGAAGAAGCCACUGCUCCAAAACCGCCAUAAAAAAGCCAGACUACGGUUUGCAACUGCACAUGGGGACAAAGAUCGUACUUUUUGGAGAAAUGUCCUCUGGUCUGAUGAAACAAAAAUAGAACUGUUUGGCCAUAAUGACCAUCGUUAUGUUUGGAGGAAAAAGGGGAAAGCUUGCAAGCCGAAGAACACCAUCCCGACCGUGAAGCACGGGGGUGGCAGCAUCGUGCUGUGGGACUGUUCACUCUAUUAAAUGUAAAUGUAAAUGUGGGGUGCUUUGCUGCAGGAGGGACUGGUGCACUUAACAAAAUAGAUGGCAUCAUGAGGAAGGAAUAUUAUGUGUAUAUAUUGAAGCAACAUCUCAAGACAUCAGUCAGGAAGUUAAAGCUUGGUCGCAAAUGGGUCUUCCAAAUGGACAAUGACCCCAAGCAUACUUCCAAAGUUGUGGCAAAAUGGCUUAAGGACAACAAAGUCAAGGUAUUGGAGUGGCCAUCACAAAGCCCUGACCUCAAUCCUAUAUAAAAUGUGUGGGCAGAACUGAAAAAACAUGUGCGAGCAAGGAGGCCUACAAACCUGACUCAGUUACACCAGCUCUGUCAGAAGGAAUGGGCCAAAAUUCACCCAACUUAUUGUGGGGGGCUUGUGGAUGGCUACCUGAAACGUUUGACCCAAGUUAAACAACUUAAAGGCAAUGCUACCAAAUACUAAUUGAGUGUAUGUAAACUUCUGACCCACUGGGAAUGUGAUGAAAGAAAUAAAAGCUGAAAUAAAGUGGUGAUCCUAACUGACCUAAGACAGGGAAUUUUUACUAGGAAUAAAUGUCAGGAAUUGUGAAAAACAGAGUUUAAAUGUAUUUGGCUAAGGUGUAUGUAAACUUCCGACUUCAACUGUAUACAGGCUUUGGAGAGGUGCGGGGGGCUGCCACACUGGGCAACCGGGGAGCAGUUGUUGUGGGGGGUUAAGUUCUUUGCUCAAGGGCACAACGGCAGGCAAUGGCAUCUAGGAUUUGAUACCAGCAACCCUCAGGUUGCCAGCUCACUUCCCGGCAGAUUUUCCCCUUCUGACCCGGGAUUCGAACUGGAAACCCUCCGGUUGCUGGCUCGCUUCUCUAACCGUUAGGUUACCUGCCGCCCCCUGCCGCUUAUCAACACGAUGAGACUUUUCUGUGGAACAGAAGUCAUCACUAUAAUAAUAUCAUUUCUAAGUGAGAAGGGUAGAACUUCUAUAGUAUAUACUUGUAAGAGAUUGCUGAUUCAUCCAAAGAGUGAAUGAUUACAUGAGUGGACCUCUGUCACAAUGUUGACAUUCUGUUCACUGCUCCACAGGCUAAAUAGUGGUCCUUUGAGGAACUACAGUAAAGAUGUGGGGAACCGGACCUCCAUCCGGAUGAGCUACCCAGAGGGAAGCCCCAAGGUCUGGGAGGAUGUGGACCCUGAGCUGCAGUUUGUGGCGGUGGUCUACAAGGCUGUAGACUUCAAGUGGAUCAGAGCAAUGAUCAACAGACAAAGAGUUGUAAGUUGCAAAGCCCACCACCGGAAACAUUAACAAAAUAUGAAUUUAAAGACACAGAAUGAAAUCUGGUAAUGUUUAGGCCUAGUUGUUGAAUUUUUAAUAAGGAGCACAGACAUGGCUGAGCGAUUUGAAAUGCAAAUUCAGACCCUGCCUACUCCUUUACCUAACAUCAGAUUUGUUUUUAUUUCAGUCACUUUGGGACUGGCUGUUUUUCUGGCAGAAGGUGCCAGAGGAGAUUCCAGUAGACUUAUCAAAGUUCCGUAUGUUGAAUCUGGAGAUCAUCAGGCAGAUGGCGAUGGAUCUGUUGGCCUUCCCCUCCCCACAGUCACGCCUCUGGGGCUGGGACCAGGUCAGACAACCUUUCACCAGUUACACCAUUACACAGAAGACUUACAAAACAUUUUCAUACCCUAACUAACCUGAAAUAAAUGGAACAAAAUGAAAAGGCUUGACGUAUAGGCAUAAUGGGGCUGUUUUGGAAGAGGUCUCUACUAGUCGGAUAUUCUAUGCACAUAAUCAUCCCAGUUGGUAGAAUGUUUAUCUUGCCAGGGGAUGGCAGACUCUAUUGACUGUUCACAUUGUGGGCAUAAAAAAAUGUGUCUAUACCUUUUCUGUAAACUGAUUGCUGCUGGCUGCUAGCACAACAAUCUUUACCUGGAACACCUGUUUCUUUGGCCCAAGAGAAGACUGUGCCUGUUUUCAAAUACAUUUUGUAUUCACGGUUCUCUAUACCUUGUUGACAUUGUUUGCUCUCCUCUUUGUGCAGAACGUGCCCACCAUGGGCAUCUCAGCCCUCAACCUGGCCACCUACCUGUGUGACGAGGUCAGCCUAGCAGGCUUUGGCUACAACCUCAGCCAGAAGGAGAUGCCAUUGCAUUACUAUGACAAUAUACCCAUGACAGCUAUGCUGGAGCAGAACAUGCACAACGUGGCCCGUGAGAGGGCUCUCCUCCAGAGCCUGGUGAGGGAAGGGACUGUAUCAGACCUUACAGGGGGCCUUCACUGCACUUUCUGCCCCAGCUGAAAGAGACUGUUUGUGGCCUGCAGCGUAGCUAGCUGCACACCAACGAUCUACCUUCCCACUGGCUUAUCAUUCCAAUACUUUUCACCCUGAGAACAGCGUUCUGAUUUAAUUCCAUGGAAUUCAAAAAGUUGAUUGAGUCUAUGAAUCUGGGGACUUGACUGCAAACUCUAUGUCCUAGUGCAUGCCAGCAUGUUGAAUCUGCAUGGACUAGAUGUGUCCAACAUGAUGGGGAACAGUGAAGCUGUGCACUUCUGAAGCAGUACUAGUACAGCUUUUACAAAUCCCUCUGUAAUGAGAGUAUUAUCGCUGCUAAACUUAAAUAUGUUUUUUGUAUUUAUUAAGAGCUAAUUGAUCAUUACUAAUAAGAUCUUAGCAUAAAGUUAAUGCUAAAAAGUGUAAAAACAUUUCCAUAAAUAUUGUGAAGUAUGAAUUAACACUACCUUUGUUAUUUUUUUAUGGUUUCGAUUUUAAGUUGAAUGUACAGUUUGUCCACGAGAUGUCUGAACUUGGUUGUGUUUUUAAAUUUUUCUAAUGUAAUCAUUAGAUUCGUUUUUAUUAUAAUAAUCACUUUCACUGAUUCCUUCCAAACCACUCA